AUGGUCCCUCUUGCAACUCGCUACUAUUUUCUAUUAACCGAAACGCCGAGACGACCAAAACGAAGAGGCAGUGCGAGUGGGAGCAUGAACACUGUUUCAUAUGCACCUGAAAUAACCAGUAGUGGUAUGUCGUCAAGACGACCAAGAAGGGGCAGUGCGAGUGGAAGCACGAACCCAAUUUCAUCUGCAACUGGAUCCAAGACAGGAUACAAACGUGAGAUAGCAGCACUGGAGUUUCUCCUGGGAAUACCCAUGAAAGCAGAACGGGAUAUUGUUCACCAAGGGUGGUUACAGCAAAAUGGAAUGGUAGAUAUGAAACGAAAUAAUAAAAAGGCAGACGAUGCUGCUGCUAUGAACCCCGCCUUAUCCCGUUGA